AUGCUUUCACUUCAACCACCUUCUUCUACGCUUCCCAACUACUUGCAAGAAGAUGAACUGCCGCAAGAAUGCAGCGACGUCGUAUCCUCCCUGCCUAGAGAAACAGGCUGGGUUGCAAAAUAUCUCCAUCAAUACCAAGGUUGUUGGAUCUCAACUAGAUACAUGAAAGGUGUUCUUGCAUUCCAAAAACACUUCCAAGCUCACCACACCGACAUCCUCCUUGUCACCACUCCCAAAGCCGGCACCACUUGGUUGAAGGCCAUCUUGUUCGCCUUGGUCAACCGGGUGCGCUAUCGGCGGGACCCUCUACAACACCCUCUGCUCACCAACAACCCUCAUGUUCUUGUGCCCUUCUUGGACAUGAAUCUCUACACUCAAAGCCAGGUUCCGGACCUCUCCUCCUUUGCCUUUCCAAGGCUCUUUUCAACUCAUUUGCCUUUUGCUUUGCUGCCGACGUCUGUCAAAGACUCGGCUUGCAAGAUUGUGUAUUUGUGUAGGAACCCUAAGGACACUUUUGUCUCACUUUGGCACUUCACCAACAAGUUGAGACCAACUGCUCGGGGCACCAAUUCACUUGAAGAGGCUUUUGAUAAGUUUUGUAGGGGAGUGAGUUUGUACGGGCCUUAUUGGGACAAUGUUUUGGGAUAUUGGAAGAAAAGCUUAGAAAUGCCUCAAAAGAUACUUUUCUUGAAGUUUGAGGAAAUGAAAGAGCAUCCAGCUGCCAAUCUGAGGAGACUAGCUGAGUUCUUGGAGUGCCCUUUUUCCCCAGAAGAAAAGGCCCAAGGCGUAGAGGAUAAUAUCUUAAGAUUGUGCAGUUUUGACAAUCUGAGCAACUUGGAGGUGAAUAAAAGUGGAAAAUUGCCUGCCGGCGAGGAGAACAAUGCAUUUUUUCGUCGCGGUGAGGUUGGAGAUUGGAAGAAUCACUUGACGGCAAAGAUGAUAGAAAAAAUAGAUCGCAUCACGGAAGAGAAGUUUGAUGGAACUGGACUAAGAGUUUAGAUAUUCAAGUUGCAUCAUCAUUUUCAUUAUUAUUAUUAUUAUUGUAUAAAUAAAUAGAUCCCUAGGUUCUCGUCAAUGUGUAAUGUUAUCAGUGUUCUCUGAUUCGAUUGUCAAUUGUCAACUAGUUUGUUGACAUCCGAUCAAUCUUCAAUAAAAUGUCUUGUGUGUACUGUGCUUUGAUCGAUUGUCAAUGUUUAUGUUGACACUUGAUCAAUCUUCAAUAAAGUGUAGUUCGUAUUCUCUUA